AUGCCUGUAGAUGUCUCCCUAUCGCUCUAUAAGGCUUACAUACUUCCUCACCUGGAAUACUGUAGUCCGCUAUUGCUUGGAAUAAAUAAAACACUGAGCUCUAAACUGGAAUCAGUCAAUAAGUACGCACUUAAAACUUUGCUUAAUCUCGGCAAUAGUGUUGACUACAAUACAAUUUUAGCUAAAAGCAACAUGACAACUCUAGAACAUAGGCGAUUUUAUAGUUCCUUGGUAUUACUUUUUAAAUGUAUGAAAUGGAACGGUCCAGAAUAUAUAAAAAACUUUUUUCAAUUGCGGGAAUCUAGAUAUAAUUUAAGGAAUAAAGGUGUAAAUCUAGUGCAAUCAGGGUAUAAUAAUAGAUUCUAUCAUAAUUCCUUUACAUAUAAAGUUCGUCACCUUUGGAACAGUUUACCUAGAGAACUUAAAACAGCAUCUAAGCUUAGCGAUUUCUGUUGCAAACUUAAGACUUUCGAUUUCAGCACACUAGGACCUAUCUGUAAAUGUAAUACAUGUAUUUGA